AUGUCCUUCGAUAUCUCCGCCGUACUUAGUCCCGGUGACAUCGAAAAUGCCCUGGCUGAGUGUUCUGCUUCUUUCAACCACAAGGCCUUCUUCGCAACCAGCGGCUUGACUAAAAAAAACGACGACGAACUCACUAAAGUCUUCAAAGUUCUGGACGAGGAUAGUAGCGGAUUUAUUGAGGUGGAAGAACUUAAAAAGUUCCUGAAGAGGUUCUCUGCCAGCGCUCGGGAUCUGAAUGAGUCAGAGACAGAGGCUUUCCUGGCUGCUGGCGACAGUGAUCAUGAUGGAAGGAUUGGAGUUGAAGAGUUCAAGACUAUGGUGAGGGCAUAA